AUGGCAGAGCCAACAGUCCACUCCCUAUUCGAGCCUGUCACUGGCACCUGGCAGUACGUUGUCUCGGACCCGAACACCAAGAGCGCAGUCAUCAUCGACCCAGUCCUGGACUAUGAUCCUGUUAAAGCAGCAGUGUCGACCGGAUCGGCUGAUGCCAUUCUCAAGACUGUAAAAGACAAUGGCUUGAAAAUUGAGAUGAUACUAGAGACGCAUGCUCAUGCAGAUCAUUUGACUGCUGCAUCAUAUCUCCAGUCAGCCCUUGCCAGAAGUCAAGGUUCCAAGCCACUUAUCGGCAUUGGAAAGCUUAUUCGCCAGGUUCAGAGCUUGUUCGGAGAACGAUAUGGUAUCGAUCCCAAAGAGUAUGAUACUGUUUUUGAUAAGCUAUGGGAAGAUAACGAUGAGUUCACCAUUGGCACUUUGACUGCCCGUGCUGUCCAUCUCCCUGGUCAUACGCCAGAUCACAUGGGAUACCAUAUUGGCAAAAACGUGUUUGUUGGAGAUUCCAUCUUUCACGUUGACAUCGGCUCCGCCCGCGCAGACUUCCCCGGUGGCAGUGCUGAAGCCAUCUUCAACUCCGGCCGCAAGCUCCUUGCACUACCAGAAGAUACAAAGAUCUGGGUCGGACAUGAUUAUCCACCGGCUGAGCGAGAAGCCCCGGUUCCUUUUGCUACGGUGAAGGAGCACAGAGAGACUAACAAGCAUCUAAAGGAUGGAACCCGUGAGCACGAGUUUAUUGAGAUGCGAAAGAAACGUGAUGAGUCUCUUGCUGCACCUCGAUUGAUCCAUCCUUCGUUGCAGGUCAACAUUAGAGGUGGACGACUGCCGGCACCGAACCCGGCAGGACUUAAAACGAUUCAUUUACCAGUGACGGGCUCGUCGUGGUAG